GUGACCUGACGUCAUGAGACUGCGCCGCGCUGCUGUGUCUGUGACUCGUCUGAAGAAAGAUCCUUAAAAACUCCUGCGGAGAUCCACGGGACUCACUAUUAUAAAGAUGGCGUUUAUUAAAGAGGAGAGCGAAGAUAUAAAGAUUGAAGACGUAUUCAGUCUGAAACAAGAAGAUACGGAGGAACAAACAGACCUGAUGGUGAUGAAAGAGGAGAGUGAAGUACUAGACGAAAUGCAAGCUAAAGAUCAGUAUAAGAAACAUCAUGAUUUCAUAACUGGACAACAAUCAUUUAGUUGCUCACAGACUGAAAAGACUUCAAGAAAAAGAGCUCAAAAGAUAGGGACUAGAAGUAAUUUCACCUGCCAACAGUGUGGUAAGAAUUUCAAUCAACAUGGAAACUUUAAAGUCCACAUGAGAGUUCACACUGGAGAGAAACCUUAUACAUGUCAACAGUGUGGAAAGAGUUUCACUCAAAAAGCAACCCUUAAAAGCCACACGAGUGUUCACACCAGAGAGAAGCCAUACACAUGCGAACAGUGUGGAAGCAGUUUCACUCAGCAAGGAAGCUUUAAUAGGCACAUGAUACUUCACACCGGAGAGAAGCCUUACACCUGCAAACUGUGUGGGAAAAAAUUCACUCAAAAAGUACACCUUAAAGUCCACAUGACAAAUCACACUGAAGGAAACUCUUUCACCUGCCAACCGUGUGGAAAAGGUUUUAACAGAAAAGAAGACCUUGAAGUCCACAUGACGGUUCACACUGAAGGGAGCCCUUUUACCUGCCAACAGUGUGGAAAAAGUUUUAAUAAAAAAAGAAACCUUAAUGCACACGUGAAAAUUCACACUGGAGAAAAGCCUUACUUGUGUCCUGAAUGUGGAAUAAGCUUCAACCAAAGAGGAAACCUUAACAGGCACAUGAAAACUCACACUGGAGAAAACCGUUUUACCUGCAAACAGUGUGGAAAACGUUUUAUUCGAAAAGGAAACCUUAAUUACCACAUGAGAAUUCAUACCGGAGAGAAGCCUUACACAUGCCCUCAAUGUGGAAAGAGUUUUACACAUAAACAGACUUUUAAAGUCCACAUUAGAAUUCACACCGGAGAGAAACCUUACGCCUGCGAACUGUGUGGAAAGAGCUUCACUCAAAAAGGACACCUUAAAAUCCACAUGACAAAUCACACUGAAGGAAGCUCUGUCGCCUGCCAUCUGUGUGGAAAAAGUUUUAACAGAAAAACAAACCUUAAUUCCCAUAUGAAAAUUCACACUGGAGAAAAGUCUUACACGUGCCUUCAAUGUGGAAGGAGUUUUAUGCAUAAACAAACUCUUAAAAUCCACAUGAGAAUUCACACCGGAGAGAAGCCUUUCACAUAUCGAGACCUGAAAUGUAAUUUGCAAGCUCAUUCUGGAAAGAAACUGCAGAGUUCUGAAUGUGCUAAGAGGUUUAGAAAAAGGAGACGUUUUAAAGAUCACCUGCACAUUCACUCUGGAGAAAGGACAUUUCACUGUGGUCAGUGCAAUAAAACUUUUCUUUUGCCAUCGCAUUUACAGAUACACCUGAAAAGUCAUGCGGAUGUGAGACCCUAUUUUUGUUCUGUGUGUGGAAAGAGUUUCAAAUGGCCCAGCAAUUUAAAAUGGCACCAGAAAAUGCGUAUCUGUAAAAUUAAUGCUGCAUUCACACCGCAGCUGAAUGCGGGCCAAAUCUGAACAUUCCUUACUGUGCGUUCACACCGCCGCCGUUGAGAGCCUCAAAAAAUCGCUCUGGCCGCCCUGCCAACAACGCUGUAGAAAGAUUCGCGGACGCUCUGACGUAAAGCAAACACGCUUGUUGAUCUUGUGCAGACUGACCACAAGGAGGGUAACGUUAAGUUAACCUCAUUAAAUAUUGUUGUAGACGAAGUAUUAAGAUCCUUUACCUCAUAAUGUUUAAAGCACUAAUACCACACUGUAAAAAUACUCUGAUACAAGUAAAAGUCCUGCAUUGAAAAUGUUAC